AUGAAUAAUCUCAUGACCAAAUCGUUCCUCGACUACGUGGAACUGAAGAAGCAGGCGACGGUGAUCGAGGGCUCCGGCGCGAGUCCCGAGGCGAGCGCGGAUCUCGAGGCUGGGGGUCUCACGCCCGCGGAGGAGGCGAACCUCGCCCUCUUCUUCUCCGAGGUCGGCGCGAUCCAAUCCGCAAUGGACGCCCUCUCCGCGCUCCUCUCCGACCUCCGCCUCCUNCUCCACUCCGAGUCCUGCUCCGCCCAUUCCCCCAAGCUCCUCAGCGGCCUCUGCGACCGCGUUGACUCUGACGUCGCCGCGAUCCUCCGCACCGCCCACUCCAUCAAGGCGCAGCUCGAAGCCCUCGACGACUCCCCGCGCUUCGCCGCGGGGACCUCCGUCGACUGCACCAGGGUUUCGGUUACCCACGGGAUCCGGGCGAAGCUUCGCAACGCCAUCCUCUCCGACCACAAGGAGACCCUGAAGCAAAACUACUACAACGCCACGAGCGAGCUCGCCUCCGACAAGGUGAUCGACGAAAUGCUCAAGUGGAGCGGCGACCCCAUGGAUCCGCCGUGGUCCUCGCCGGGCGCAGCCACGCCUUCUGCUCCAGCGUCGACCUCACCGCCGCCGAGAACGUCUUCAAGGGCGACGUCAAAGACCCCGCCGCCGACCCUGUCGCCGCCAUGGCUGCGUGCCACAAGCCCAUCGCCGGUGCCGUUGCCGGAUUCGCCGUCACCGCCAGGUUCGAGAUCGCCCUCGCCUGCGACCUACUAG